UUAUUUAUUGUUAAGAUAUGGUGUCGCAAUUGGUACAUGUUUGAGAGAGAUGGAUUUACAGAUUUAGAGAUUUUGAUUUACCGAUUUAGUCUUUUCUUCUUCUAGGUGCUGAAAUGGAACGGAUAUGUUUGAUUCUUCUCCUUAUAAGUAAAACUCUUUCAGUCAGUGCACAGUUCAAUGGAUACAACUGCGAUGCUAACUACCACAGCAGAUUUCCUGCGGAGAGAGACAUCAGUGUUUACUGCGGGGUGCAGACCAUCACUCUGAAGAUCAACUUCUGCCCCGUGCUGUUCUCGGGCUACAUCGACACAGAUCUGGCCCUGAACGGUCGCCACGGCGACGCCCACUGCCGAGGCUUCAUCAACAACAACACCUUCCCCACCGUAGUGCUCUUCAGCAUCAGCCUCAAUACGCUGGAGUCCUGCGACAACUCCCUGGUGGUCUCCACGGCUCAGGGGAUGAAUGCCUAUGGGAACCUCUCCCUGGUGCAGAUCGGAAAUAUAUCGGGGUACAUCGAUACGCCCGAUCCGCCCACCAUCAUCAGCUACUUACCGGGCCUGCUAUACAAAUUCAGUUGCAGCUACCCGCUUGAAUACCUGGUGAACAACACUCAGCUUGCUUCGUCAGCCGCUGCAAUAUCAGUGAAGGACAGCAACGGUACUUUCAUAAGCACGUUGAGUUUACUCCUGUACAAUGACUCCACGUACAGCCAGCAGCUGGCCAUCCCUAUGGCUGGCCUGACCCUAAAGACCCGUGUGUUCGCAGCUGUAAAGGCCACUAAUCUGGAUCGACGAUGGAAUGUUCUGAUGGACUACUGUUACACUACUCCCUCUGGGAAUCCUAAUGAUGAGCUUCGCUAUGACCUAUUCUUUAGCUGUGACAAAGACCCACAGACGACUGUCUUUGAGAACGGGAAGAGUCAGAUGGGCCGGUUCUCCUUUGAGGUGUUCCGCUUUGUCAAGCACAAGAACCAGAAGAUGUCCACUGUGUUCCUGCACUGCGUCACCAAGCUGUGUCGGGUUGACGACUGUGCCUUGCUCAUGCCGAUCUGUGGCAGCCGAAAGAAACGGGACGUGUUGCAGAAAACGGAACCGAGCUCCGUCUCUGGAAAUGCUGUCAUUACUGCCGGACCCAUCAUCACCCGCAGUGAUGAGACGCCAACAAACAAUUCCCAGCUGGUGCAGCUGAACGGGCCUGCGUUUCGGCUGAACUCUGUGACCAGUGCCCUGAUAUCAGGCGUAAUCAUCUUGGGAGUGAUGAGUCUGUGCUUCUUCGUCUUCUCGCUUACCCUCCUCCGGGGAAAGAGAGCGAGCCCAGCCUCGCUGUCAGGGGUCAGGAACCCCACCUUUAACUGACCCCCUGUGCCGAGCCUGUGAUUCUCUCAGCUGUCCUCUGCGUGAAGGGAGAGGAUGCUUGGAAUCGACAGUCUGUCUCACGUCAAACGUAAACGGUGAAUUCGGUGUGUAGGUGGAGGGAGCUUUAAAUGUAAUUUGUGCCUUUGUUGUACUUCAUUUUUUCUUUCGUUUUAAGUUGAAGAAGAGAUGAGAGACUUGUUGUUUCAUACAGGUGUUUGUUUCAUUGUCAAUGUUUGAUAUCAUAAAACUGACAUAGAUCAGCAGGUGAGAUUUCUACAAUACCUCAGCUUUUUAUCUUUUCAUUGCAGGGUAUAGGAUCACUUACAUGAGGACACAUAUACAGUAGAAAAUAAACUGGCACCUAUUUCUUAUUAUGUAAAAGCAAAAACGCAAAGCACCUUCACCGGAAAUAUGGCAAAGAAAUACAGUGACAUACGAUGUUGUAUGAAAUAAGUACAUUUAAAAAAUGACCCAGAAAGAGAGGCCUUGGAUAAAAUUUUAUGAAUUGCUAAAAACGUAGACUUGUAUAUUAAGUGGUAAUUAUUAAUGAGAAAAAUAACUUUAAAAAACAUUGGAAAAUCAGUAUUUUUAGUUAAAAAUAAUGAUUGUAAUUAAUAUUGUUUAAUUAUUAGAUUAGACUAAUUAAUAGUAGCUCUAAAUUAAUAGAAUCUAUGCAUUUGCCACUCUUUACUGUGACAAUGUUGUUUGUGUAAGAUGGCUGUAACUUUUUACUGAUCAGUGUCGUUGAAGAUGAACUGUAAUUUGAACUCAAAUGAUAUGUCAAGGGUCAUGUUGAAAAAAAUAUUAUUUGGCAUUAAGUGUAUUGCUCUGUGAUUUUGGAGUAAAUGUCAUCAUUACAACUUAAUGACCAGGCUAGCAUCUUCCUCUAUCAGCGCAUUGUAAUUUUGAAGCACUAUACAUGAACAUUAAGGAUCGCAAACAAACACAGACACACACAU